AUGGAGCAGCCACGACAAGAAACGAUUGUCGGGCAGCAGCUGCCGUCGCUGCAGGCCGCCGCAGAGGAGCGCUGGGUGGAGGUGAUCGUCAAGGCCAGCCACUUUGAUCGGGUGCUGGAAGCAAGGGACAGCAUCAGGGUCGGCGACGUGGUGUCGUUUGAGGGCAGAUACCAGGAUGAUGAGUCAUCCAUACUGACGUGCCUCGGCUUCGAGGUGCUGCAGCGCUGGAGGGAAGUGUCGGGAGGCGCGUCAUUCGCGCCUCGCGUGCCGCCGCGCAGGCAGCACGGAAAGCAUGCCGCCAGGAAUGGUCAUGGUGCAGUCGGGGAGGACCAGCAGGCUAGGCAGCAGCAGCAGCAAAAUUCAGAAAAGGCACAGCAGCAGAAGCAGCAGCAGCGGGCAGAGCAGCAGCAGGAGCAACGAGCCACUCCCAACAGUGGCACCACAACAGCAGCGGAGGCACCUGGGGCAGUGCAGCCGUCGCCAGCCCCUGCAACGGCAGCUGCGGUCGUAGCUGCCCCGCAGCUGCAGCUCUGCAAGUUCUAUGUCAACUCUGGCCAGUGCUUGAAGGGGGACGCCUGCCCGUACGCGCACGUGGCCGCCGCCGCGCGCGGCGCGGUCCUGCAGUCGUGGGUCAGGCGCAGGACCGCCGAGCGCCGGGCCAACGCGGAGCGCGAGGGCUGCUGCCACGUCGCCGGCGCCGCCAGCAAGCGCUACCGCGCGCGCGUGUUCGCGCGGUGGCUGGUCGGCACCUUCGGCCGGGACGCCCUCAACCAGGGUGCCGGCGUGCUCGACAUUGCAGCACAAGGCGCUGAGGUCGCGCGGCCUGGAGGCUGA